AAGGUCCUUCCUUAUAUACCAACUUUCUUCACUUCAUUCCCACACAGCUCUAAGCCAUUGAUUAGUGUAUACUUGCCUUUCUUUAGAAGAGAACUUAACCAUAUCUCUGGUCCAGAGGAUGAGGCGUAUAUUGGCGAUGAGGCUAAACAUCCAGAACAAGAGGAAGAGUCCUAAAGUGGCUGAUGAAAGCAUGUUUGGAGAAGGAAAUGGAGCCGAGUUUCCGAAUAUAGUUGAUCAACAUACAAGGCAAGGGUUCUCGAAUGGUCUUUCUGUCAUAUACAGCAUCGUAAGAGCUCCGCUCCUACUUCUAUCAUGCCUAUCAUCCCACCCUCAUAUAAGUGGUGCUGCUGAUGGAGUCUGGGUCUCUGGAGAGCUUGCACGAAUGUCCGAGGUCAAUCAUCUUAUGGUCAACGACAGCAUGCGUUACGCUAUUUUGAUGUAAUUAAUUGAAGCUGUAAGUAGUACUAGUCAUCGAUCGCUUUUCUUACAGGCACUAUAGAAGAGACGGAGGGAGAUAUUUGGUUCAUAAAUUCUUCAUUUUUCUGUCUCUUAAUUGUAUCCCUAUCCAUAAUCUCAUGUAGGAGAUAGAAAUUCAUCUAUGAAUACAGAAAUAGAUUAGGGUUUGGCCAGGUUUGCCUUCCCUUUUACUAUACAGUGCCAUACAUGGUUUAUAUUCACAUUCUUAGCUUACGUGCUAGUGCUGUACCUCUUUCAAAUCCAUAUAAAUGUAAUAUCUGUAUGC